CUUCAGGGCUCCUGCCGGGCCGCGGCCCUCCGCCCCCCUCCCGGUGCAUCGCGGCGGUCUGAGACCCUGAGACUUUCCCUUUGCCAGGGAAGCCUUCCUGACCAGGAGCUCCUCUUCCCAGGAAGCACAGUGAUUGCAGCUGCUACCCCAGACCCUGUUUGACCAUCCCAUCCCAGAUCCCUGCUGCUUCCCACUCAGAUCCAUUGCUCGGGGGUGAGGAUUCUGCUGCUGUUGUCAUUCCCCCUUCCCGUGUGCCUGGAAAUGUCUAGGAAGCAAAACACCAGAGAUCCAUCUGGCUUUGUUUUUGAUGUUCAGUCCAACACGGUGCUGGCCCAGGGAGGAACCUUCGAAAACAUGAAGGAGAAGAUCAGCGCUGUGAGAGCCAUUGUCCCCAACAGGAGCAACAAUGAGAUUGUGCUCGUGCUGCAGCACUUCGACAACUGCGUGGACAAGACGGUGCAAGCCUUCAUGGAAGGCAACGCCAGUGAAGUACUGAAGGAAUGGACUGUAACAGGCAAGAAAAAGAACAAGAAGAAGAAACCCAAACCCAAGCCGCAGGCAGAGCCCAGCAGCCUCCCUGAGCCGGGGAAACCAGCAUCCAAUGGGGAGGAGGCACCGGGAAGCUCCGGGAAGGGCGGGAUGAACGGAUUCCAUGUCAACGGCUGUGCCCAUGACACCGAGUCUGUGGAUUCCCUCAGCGAGGGUCUGGAUGCGCUCUCCAUUGAUGCCAGGGAGCUGGAGGAGUGCGAGUGCCCGUCAGGGCCCCCCCGAGCAGCAGUGCCUGACCUAGCGAAUGGAAUAGCAGACUUUGACACACAAUCGCUCACCCUGCAUCCUUCCCAGAGCCCUGCAUCCCUCAGGCAGCGGCCUGAGCACCGGAGCACGGGCAGGUCUCUGUCCAGGUCAGCGCUGAGCCACUCCACCUCUGCCUCCCUGUCUGCAACCCGCCUCGAGGACGUGCCCCUGUCUCCUGCCAACAGGAAGCUGGGCUCCAACAUUGAGAAGUCAGUGAAAGAUCUCCAGCGCUGCACCGUGUCGCUGGCACGGUACCGGGUGGUGGUGAAGGAGGAGAUGGAUGCUUCCAUCAAGAAGAUGAAGCAGGUCUUUGCUGAGCUGCAGAGCAGCCUCAUGGAUCGGGAGGUGGCGUUGCUGGCUGAGAUGGACAAAGUGAAAGCAGAAGCAAUGGAGAUCCUGGGCAGCCGGCAGAGGAAGGCAGAGGCGCUGAAGAAGAUGACGGACGUGGCUGUGAGGAUGUCUGAGGAGCAGCUGGUGGAGCUUCGGGCUGACAUCAAACACUUUGUGAGUGAGCGCAAGUACGAUGAGGACCUGGGCCGGGUGGCACGGUUCUCUUGUGACCUGGAAGCGCUCAAGAGGAGCAUCGCUGCCUUUGGCCAAGUUUCCCACCCCAAGAACAGUUACUCCACGCGGUCCCGGUGCAGCUCGCUCACAGCCGCAGCUCUCAGCAGCCCCAGAGACACCGCGGCCCCCCCCGGCCCCACCACCCCCACCAGCCUGAGCACCGGCACCAAGAAGCCCGUGGCCGCAGCAGAGGGACCCACAGGGGACACCGGAAGCCUCGCCCCGCAGCCGGCGCGAGAGCGCACCAGGAGGCCGGGAGCAGGAUCCCGACUGCAGCCGCCCCCCACGGCCCAGGCCCGGCCGCCAGCGGUGCUGCCCCAGCGCCGUCCCCGUGCACGGCAGGAGGGGGCCCGCGCCUGAACUGCGGCUCCAGCACCGGGUCCUGGGCUCCUUUUGUGCCAUUCUGGCCUCUUUUGCCUCUUUCCCCCUGACAUUUGCUUAUG